CUGCACCAGCGGCUCUGUGUCUGUGUGUGAUCAGCAUGCUCCUCGUGUGCCUGCUGCCUCCUGCAUCGUGCACAACCUGCCCUCAAAAAUGCCGCUGUGAGGACCUGCAGUUCUACUGCGACACCCAGGGGCUUCAGGCACCCCCAGAUGGUGUGGACAAGGGGGCCCUGGGGUUGUCACUACGCCACAAUAGCAUCACUGAGCUCAGCCCUGAUCAAUUCUAUGGAUUCAGCCAGCUCACCUGGCUACAUCUAGACCACAACCAGAUUACCACAGUACAAGAGGAUGCCUUUCAAGGGCUCUACAAGCUGAAGGACCUCAACCUGAGCUCCAAUCGUAUCACCAAGUUGCCCAACACAACCUUCAUCCACCUCAUCAACCUCCAGAUACUGGACCUGUCCUUCAAUCAGAUGACUGCAUUGGAACCAGAACUGUUUCAUGGACUGAGGAAGCUCCAGAUACUCCAUCUUCGUUCCAAUUUACUUCGCACCACACCUGUUCGGGCAUUCUGGGACUGCCGCAGCCUGGAAUAUCUUGGCCUGAGUAGCAACCGUCUACGGAGUCUGGCUCGGAAUGGAUUUGCUGGGCUCAUUAAGCUUAAAGAGCUCCACUUGGAGCACAAUCAACUGACCAAGAUCAACUUGGCCCAUUUCCCUCGCCUUGUUGCCCUGCAGUUUCUAUAUCUUCAAUGGAACAAGAUCAGCAAUCUCACAUGUGGCAUGGAGUGGACCUGGACCACUUUAGAGAAGCUGGACCUCACAGGAAAUGAAAUUCGUGUCCUGACAGCUGAUGUGUUUCAAACGCUGCCAAAUUUAAAGAUUUUGCUGCUGGAUAACAACAAACUAAGCAGCCUGGAUCCCCAAGUCAUGGAUAUGUGGCAGUCUCUGGGCACCAUUGGGCUGUCUAGCAACCUUUGGGAAUGUACCAAAAGGAUUUGCUCUCUGGCCACUUGGCUAAGCACCUUUAAGGGAAGGUGGGAACAUUCCAUUCUCUGCCAUAGUCCUGAAUAUGCCCAAGGUGAGGAGAUACUUGAUGCUGUUUAUGGAUUCCAGCUUUGCCAGAAUUUUUCAGCACCAGUUGUUCAGACCAUUAGUACAACCACAGACGCUACUACAGACUAUGCAGAGGAUUUUGGGAGCUUUACCACAGUCACUACCACAACAACCACAACACAAACACCACGCACUGCUCAAGCAACUACCGCUACAUUGGAAGAGGCAGCUGUAACGGACGACUUCUCAGCAAUGGACAACACUGUUAUGACUCAUAGGGUUAUCAUUGGAACUAUGGCCCUUCUAUUUUCAUUCUUUUUCAUCAUUUUUGUUGUGUAUAUCUCACGGAAGUGCUGCCCUCCCACCCUGCGUCGGAUACGCCACUGUUCGGCUAUACAGAACCGCAGACAGAUGAGGACCCAGCAGCGGCAGCCUAUGGCAGAUCUAGCUACACAGGUACCCUAUAAUGAGUAUGAGCCCAGCCAUGAAGAAGGGGCACUCGUGAUCAUCAAUGGCUAUGGGCAGUGCAAGUGUCAGCAACUGCCUUACAAAGAGUGUGAAGUAUGAACUCUUAUUUAUUCCUAGAGCAUAUGGUUUGCCAUUUGACCAUUUCAGAUGAUACAGGGUUUGCUUUUUUGAUUUUUUUUUUCCAGUUAAUGUAAAAAGCAUAAUUUCUACAAGUGAGAUUUGAGAAUAUGUGAGAAAUGUUGAAUGCUACAAUGACAGAGGUUGGACAUGACA